CAGCGUGGUCCUGGUAUUAUCAUGCUGCUGUGUGUGUGUCUCCGUGCUCUAUCUCGCAGGAGGGACCCAGACCAGUCUGGCUGAAGACGCUGAAGUGAAAGCUGCUAACAGUGAUCAGUGCCGUCGAAAGGUUUUCAUGCGGUGGAUUCGUAGUCUCUCGACAGGAAUUUAAAACCAAAGUGGAGAUUAAGAAGCGAUGAUGAGCAAGUGGCAGCAACUGUCCGUUUUCGUGGGAUUAGCGACCUUGGCGGUAGUAGUGAUGGUCGCUUCAGGUGAGGAGAAGCAGCUGUCUGAAGGAGGACGCGACCUUCUUCGAGUUGCAGCUACAAAGUCCCUCGGAUAUCACCGACAGGACCGCAAAAAGAAUCAACUCCUCAAAGUCCCAGAGGCUUCGAAGGAGGUCGAGGAAGAGCUCGGUGGGACGAGGCAAAAGGAGAACCCCAAGAAGAAGCGGAAGAAGAAGAGGAGCAAGAAGAGGAGGAGGAGGAAGAAACUGAAGGCGAAGGAAGGCGAGAAUAACUGGGGAAGACUUCCGCCCUACAUCAGGCGGGUGGCUUUGAUGGUCGCCCGCCCCCCUAAGCGACCGCCUUCGAAGGUUAAAAGGACGCAAAAGGCCGAGUGUGGUCACUCCUACGACGUCUGGCGCAAAUCGAAAUACCGCAUCCGUCUCUCACAUAGGGAACCGUGCACGGUCAUCUUCAGGGCAUUCAAGGGAGCCUCCUUGAAGCUGAGCUGCAAGAAAGUGUCGGUCGGGACCUGUGAUAGCGCUGAGUACCUCAUCUCUGACGGGGGACACCUUAACCACAGGUACUGCGGCGGCGUUCCCUACACCGAAGUGAAACUGGCGAAGACGAAUGAAUUGCUGAUGUCCUACAAGCCGUUCCUGGACUCUAGGGUACACGAAGUCCUUCCACCGGAUGUGAAUUGCAUCGUUAAGGGCGCAAAAGGCACUGGAUACGUUGCCAAAGGAAACCAGAUUUGUCCACUGAGCUGCGGAAAGACGACCGCAGCUGCGGAAGCUGAGAGACCUGGCUUCAAUGCAAGCAUUGGCUUUGGAGAAGAAACCACGGCGCGUUUCGACACAGCAUCGCCUCCGCAAGAACAUAAUUUCACCAGCGACAAUACUUCACCGAACGCACUCCAUAAUGCUUCCUUUUCUUCGUCUGCUUCUUCUGCGUUUUUGAAUUAUACAUCUACUGUUUCUUCUGCGUCUACUGCCGCUGAGUCUAUGGCUUUGGCGUCUACGGCUAUGGCAUCUACGGCUUUGGCGUCUACGGCUUUGGCGUCUACUGCAACACUGUUCCACAAUACAACGACAGAUACCGAGACUGCGUCAAAUAUCUCGACUCCGUUGUCAUCGUCGGAAGGGAGAGGUCACGAAUAUAUUCGGAUUCAGGGAGGAAAACCCGCUGACAUUGGCGAAUGGCCCUUCAUUGUGAGCGUCCAGGUCAUCGUGGGUGGGUCACUGCUACCCUGCUCUGGAUCGAUCUUGACCUCAACGUUCAUUUUGACGGCCGGUCACUGCGUGUAUGAUGUGAAAAAGAAAAGGGACCGUAUCAAAGUGGUCGCCUAUGAGUAUAAUGUGCAGAUCAAGGACGAGACUCCCAGGCAGUCGAUAUUGGUGAAGAAAAUCAUCUUACAUCCCCAGUACGACUCCAAGACGCAGACAGCCGACAUAGCGCUAUUAAAGCUGAAAAAGGCUUUGGUAUUUGGGGAAGGAGUUGGUCCUAUCUGCAUAGCACCGGAAGGAAACUAUGUGGGGUCUCCAGUGGUGAUCCUCGGAUGGGGAAGUCUAAAGUACAAUGGAAGAGACCCAGACGUCCUCCAGGAAGCAACUCAGUUCGUUGUUGAUGUCAACGAGUGUGCCAAGAAUUACUCUUCUCUGCCUCCACAAGAUCAAGAAUACCCCAUUACCAGAGACCACUUGUGUGCUGCAGCACCGGGAAUCGACAGUUGCGAGGGGGAUUCCGGAGGCCCAGUCUUGGUACAAAUUGGAACUUCUUGGUAUCAGUUGGGCAUUAUAUCCUUUGGUUUCAAGUGCGCCGUGCCUGGCUUUCCUGGGGUCAACACUUUGGUUCCCAGUUAUGCACAGUGGAUCUUCGCCAGAAUAAAAGACAGCACAUGCGACUAGCUGGAACCUUGUACAGUGAGUUUCUCCAGCAAGUGAGGAAGCCUUGAUGGCGCCACAAUGCAUGGAAUGCAGUAUUAUUCCAGUCAAUGACUGGCGUACACUAAUGCAUUCAGUGAAUGCUGUUAUGAAAUUCAACUGAUAGCUAGAUCAAUUCUCAAGAGCCAACAUGCCACCACCAACAAAAUCAAGGAGGGACGCAGGUGUCACUCGGAUCUCCCAUAGAUAGUGACCCCAGCAAAGUUCGGGGGUAGUUAUCUACGACUAAUAUUUGUUUGGGGUAAUUAUAUUUACGAUAUUUAGUCUUUCGUUUAUGUUUUUACAGUAAUCCCCAAAGGGACUGUACUGAAGACGCCGCAAAGGUGGAUACCUACCGGGUUAAAACCCGUUGAGGUCACUAUCUAGGAAUGGUGAGAAUUAUUUGAUAUGGGUUACCGUUCAGAUGAGUCUAGUAUACAUAUCUGGUCUACAGCGGUUAUGCUGGUUAAUUUUUCAUCUUUAUUUAUAUUGUUUAAGUUUUUGCGUGCAUAACUGUAUACAUGCAAGUCGUGUGUAGCACAUUCUCAUAGGAGUGUGCUCUGGCUGUUGCCUUUGUGGAAAUACUCCAGCGAAAAGAAAAAAAAAACGAUAAGUUUCAGAAUGAUAAUGUCUCGUGAAACGUUGAAGUGUGCAUGAGGAGACUCAUUUACCUACAUAGUAAGCAUAAUAAUCUGUUUCCAAAUCUCGUCUAAGCUUGACUUUCAUACAAGGAUUUUCCCCUCGUUUACGUCAUAAAGAAAAUUGCAGUAAGUAUUAUUAUAAAUUCUUUUCUAAGUAAAAUUUACAUCACCUAGAAUGGGUGAGCCAUGGAGUGGUUAUCCCAUAUAUCAUCCUAGGUGACUGAUUUUAUUUAACCAAAAAAAGGAAAAAAAGGUAUUGAAAAGCACAUGCCUUUUUAUUAUGAUUCUUCACACUUUAAAACAUAGAGAAACAAACAAGUUCUAUCAGUAGUUUUCACAAAUUUAGUAAAAUAAUGUUUUUUUGUCCUUUUUUUUAUAUAU